AUGCUUACUGAGGGAAAAAUUUCAACACCAAAGGAAUGGCUGUUUGUACAGCUUCAAAUGAAUGAUUCUGAAUUCCGACAGAUCUUAGAUCCUAAAGAUUAUGAUACUCUUACUAUAAUUACACUUAUUAACAAGAUUAAUACAUGUCUCAAAAUAAAUUAUCUAACUUUAAUAUUUGAUGAGACGCAAGUUCUAUGUAGACCCGAAUAUGGAAAAUACCAAGGGAGUUCAUGUUGGGAAGUCCCAGAUUUGCAUGCUCAUAUUGUGUUAAAGCUUCCAUUCCUAUCACAUGAUGAUAUCCUGCAGAACCUUGAUGCGCUGUUGAUAACAGAGCAAAAAUCGAAUGAUAAAACGAAAGAUCAAGUGAUACGAGAACAUAUUCAGUUGUGGUAUAAACAUAUUUGUUCUGACAUUUGGAAAUUGCGUGUAAAUCUUUUAAAUCUUUUGUUCAAGGAAGCCAUAGAACUUCUUCAGCAUAGCAUCAUUCCUUGUCAGUCACUAGAAUGCGUUGUUCUUGGCCCUGAUGAUACGAUCUCUGGGAAAAUCGAAAUCAACCCAUUUCUUGAACCUUACCUCGUUGACAGCAUUGGAUUAUUUCUUAAAAAUACAAGAGGAAAAACCAUGUUUAUUACUACUUCCAAUCUAUCAGGAGGAGUUCCAAUAGCCAAAUAUGUUAUGGACAUAACCUAUUGUUCUUAUGCAAUUCAACCAGAUAUAUACUCAGGAUCAGAUGUGGUGGUUUCUUUCAUCGAUAAUGAACAAAAUGUGGUGCUAUUAUCGGCAAGCUGUUCAGUUUCUGGUAGUCCCGUUAAAUCAAAGCGCCUCCAAAUUGGUCUUGAUAUUUUACCGAAUGAUUCCAAAGCUAAUGAAGAAGACAACCUAGACAACUUAGAAAAUUACCGGAUAUCCAAGGUCUCUGAGCGUGCCGAGUAUCACGAGCAAAUCAAAACUUCUACAAAUAAUCGAAAACAUAUUUAUGUUUCAGUGUUGAUUCCUCAUAGAUCUAGCAAAAGAUCCGGUUCAAUAAAUAUGGUGAUCUCGUGA